GCCGGGCGGGCCGGGGCAGCGCGCCGGCGGCGUGUCUGUGUUGUGUCUGGGUGUGCAUCUGUGUGUGCGUGUGUGUGCACCGUCUGCUCUCCGCAGAGGCUGCCUCGCUACUGCUUUCAGGUUUUCUGACUGGAUUUACGUGUGUCCUGGUGGGGGGAGUGUUGGUGUCAGUCGUGGAGGUCUCGGGCCCCUGCAGCACGACAUAGGUUUGUCCUUAAACCAGCCCUGCUUCAUCGUCAUACAUCUUUUAUUUUGUUUGCUUCAGGAAGUGUUUUGGAAAUAUGCAAGGAAGAUAGGAGAGGAUAAGGGGUGUUAGCUUUGAGGAGCAGUAACAAGUGAUGUUGAUUUCUGCACAACUGGUGGGUGGAGGUUCCAUUUCUGAGUUGUCCCCAUGGCACCAAUCUAAACUUUUCUCUUGGGAGAACUGGUGAGGAAAUUCAGCAGACAACGUGUUUGUCUCAGUGCUCUGUUUCCUCUCUCUCUCUGUCACACACUGUUUCAUAAAUCAGCAGCUAGAUUUUCACUUUUCUGUUGUGUAGUUAGUAUUACUGGAAGCAACUUAUGUUUCUUCACCCAUCUAUUAUUGCCAUUCAUUUUCUUAUAUAAUUGUUUCUGGGAAGCUGUAAACAUAAGCAUGCCUCAAGGACCUGAGGAUAUACUACUAAUAAUAAUGCAGAAGAACUCUUCAUGGCAAAUUUUGAAAUAUAUUGAAUUUUCAAGUCUUAAGUGGCUUGUUUUGAAGUACAGUAAUGAGCAAUUGGAAAGCAAGCAAGAAUAUAUAUCUUCUAUAGGGUCAACUGUAUAGGUGUGGGAAUUUGACAGAUGUUUGUACAGCCUUUUUUGGAAACCUCCAGUGCUGGAGGCAGAGCAAUCUCCCCCCAUAACUUAUUUGUAUGUGCAUUAAGAAAAGCUUUGCAGCUGUAAGGACAAUAAUGUACUUGAAUCCUCUCUACUAUAAUUUGAAGCCAUUUCCAUUCACAACUAUAAAUGGUUUGGGGAACAACUUAUUUCUGUUUUCCUUAAAAGUGGUUCUUAUACUUUGUUCUGUAGGAUGUGUGUUCAUUUUAAUUGUGUCUCCUCUUUUUUAACUUAAACAUUCCCAGUUACUUUAAUCCUUUCUUAUAUAUUUGGUAUUUAAGCUCAGAUCAUUUUUGAUCCUCAUCUCAGAAUUCAUUCCCAUUAGUUCAUAUGUUUGACUGGAUUUGAAGGGCAGUAUUCAGAACUGGAGAGAGUACUCCAGCUGAAUUCUAAACACUAUUAAGAAAGAUUUAUGUGCUGUCAAAACUGUACAUCUGUUCGUGCAUCCUGGUAUGGACGGUAGCUUUUGGCAUAUUCACCUUCUGUUCCAACUUAGACUCCAGGUCUUUCCUGCACAACUAUAACCUAGUAAGUUUUCCCCCUUGCAGUUGGUUAUUCUGGCUUAAAUUGAAGACCUUGUAUUUAUUCUUAUUAAAGUGCCCUUCCUGGUUGGUUGGUUUGUUUGUUUUUGUUAGGGGUUUCUUGUUUAAAAACAAACAAAACCAAGGCAAACUUCUCUGAUUAAUAAAGACUGGAUUUGAAUUCAGAAUUUUCUUCCAUUAUGGUUUCAUGUUGUUGCAGCUUGCUGCCAUUUAUAAUAUUAAGAAAAAUAAUCUGUAGUUAAUCACAAAACAAUACUACUUAGGGGAAUCCUCUGUGGACUUUCAGUGGCCUAUGUUACUUCUUGAUUCUAUUUUUCUGCAUGACCUUGCAGCCAAGAUGAAAAGUAGUGUCAGUUUAAUAUUAAAUUGGGCUUAUGCCACAAACUAAAUCCUUAUCACAGAGGGAAGUACAUUUUCUGACUCUAAUUAGGACAAGCCUGUGUACUUGCAAGGCUGGCAGGAAGCAAUAUUCCAAGCUUGUCUUUUGCUCUUUGAUCUUUAGCAGCAGCGUGUUUAUUCCUUAGAUGUGCAAGGCACAGAGCAGCCUGAAAUAGAUGUGGAGAAGCCUGUCCUUAGUAAAUAGGAUUUGAAAAUAUAUUUGGGCCACACAGUAAUGCUCAUCUUGGCUCCUUUCUCCUUCCCCUGCAUCCCCUUAGUUUACCUUAUCUGAGCCUUCAGUUUUUCACAGGGCAAGAAGAUCACAGCAAGAAGCUUCUCUCUGCUUUUGACACCUUGUACUACAGAGCAUUUUCCUCAUUCACCAGAUAGAAACUUUAAAAAAUUUAUAAGCUAAAUACAAAAUCCCUUGUGUAAUAUGCCACAGCUGUCUCUUACUUCGGACUUUUUUUUUCUUUGCAUGUCAUUGUAGUGUUUGAGCAUUUUCCUGAUGUGUAAAUUAGAUCUGUAUGACAGUAUGUUAUUUGAAAUUCGUCAGUCUUCACAGUUCUUCCACGGGAGGUUUUCUUUCCCUGCUAAUGGAGGCCGCCUUGAGCUGCACAGGAACUCAGCAUAGCAGCGAAGCUUUUCUGCUUUUCUCAGCCUGCCUGUCUCUAGCUUCAUGGUAGCACAAACUAGAAAGUAUUUGGUGUCACACACUUAACUCUCUCUAAAUUUCCAUCUUUCACACAAUGUGACAACAACUGGGAGGAAAAGGGGGUCUCCUAAAAGUGUUGUGUUUUCUUUCUUCUUCAAAAGAAGAAGAAACUGAGUAGCUGUUAAAAUUCUACAGGAAAAGAGAAUAAGAAGCAAAAGUUAACUUUCUAGACUACUUUAUCUAUCCUGAACUAUUUCAGUGAGAUUAAGGAAAUUCUUAGUGUGGUGACAACCACACCUAAGGCAGACAUCCAACUGUUACUUAUUAAGGCCCACAAUUAUAAAGGAACAGAUCUGUUAGAGGUGGAACUAUCCUACCAGAUGACCAUGUUUUCUUUCAGUUAAGCUUAAGAAAAAUCUCGAUUCACCCAAUACCUUCAGUCUUUGUGCAUGUUUCUCGAAUCUCAUUGUAAUUUUAUUUAACUUGCUAUAAAUUGCAGUAGGCUUUUAUUCUUUGCAGUUACUUUGAAUAGAUGUUUUAGAUAUUUCUGAAUUUUUAAAAACUAAGGGCAUUAACUGUGAAAUGACAAGGAGUUUGGAGACACUGAAUAAAUGAAUCUUUUAUUCUGCUGGUAUGGUGAACACAUAUACAGUUCGUAAUAACUUUGAGAUACAGAAGACAUUUCUACUAACUAUUGUUUGUGGUGUUUUGAUACUACAAUUCACAAGACCUAUAACUUAUGCUCUUGCUUUGAAGUUUGCUCCCUCCAUCCCUUUUAUAUAGGUAAUGCAAGUAAUUCUGUUAUUUGUACUAUGCUUGUGGACUAGAAUACUUAAUCUGUCUUAGAUGCUUCAAUUUAGGAAUGAUGUGACCAAUUGAAAUUAGUCCAGAGAUGAUUAAAAAGAAUGAUUUUUUUUUUUCCCCCCAUGGUGGACCUAAAAGCAAUACUUAGGUUUUGGAACCUCCCUCACCAGAAGUUGUUAGGACCACUUUCGAGUGGUCUUAGACAUGAGUUGGCUUCACAGUGGAAGGCUUGAGCUAAAUGUUUGCUUGAAGUGCUUUCUGGCUGUUCCUAUGAAUAUUUUAAUAACUUUUUAGGCACUCAGGAAUUUCCAAAGGUAUUGCUUCUUGUUUGUAAGUCAUUGAGCCUUAGCUGAGACACAGGAGCUUGCCCAACUGUGUUCCAUCUGUUGAAAAUUCAAGGAAAAAUAAUACUAUUUCAUUAUUGUGGUUUAGACCAAAACAGUAAUUAUGAUGAAUUUGUAUUCAUGACUUCACAGUAUAUGCAUGGUUCAGUAUCACAACUCUGAUACUAUUGCCUUAUAGUGAGAUAGUGAACGUUGCCUGUGUUUUUUUUAUGUUCUGGGGGUUGUGUUUGUUCUGAUUGUAGUUUCUGGCUAGUGUAUUGCUCUUCCUGACUGGCUCCAGUAUUUGCCAUUUGAGGGAAAUCAAAAAUGAUUACACUGCUGGAUACAGUAGGGAGCUGUGAGAUUUAAGAAUAUCUCUGCUAAGAAAAUUCACUGCUUCUACAGCCUUCCAUCUUAGUGUGCAGUUGAUUUCACUUGAAACACCUAUCUGAAGAAACUAACAGUAGGCAAGGUGUAAUUGCCUUUUAAAAAUGUUAAAAGUUCAGCAGUGUGUAACAGCUGUCAAGAUACCCAAGAAAAAGCCAUAUAUUUGUGACAUGUGCUAUAAACAGUUUGAAACUCCAUCAAAAUUAGCUAGGCAUUAUCUCAUACAUACUGGUCAAAAGCCAUUUAAAUGUCAUGUAUGCAAUAAAACAUUUAGGCAGCUAGUCCACCUGGAGAGGCAUCAGUUAACCCAUAAUCUGCCUUUUAAGUGUAUUGUUUGUUAUAGAAACUUCAAAAAUGCAAUCACUUUCUUAAAGCAUCAGCAGCUUCAUAAUGAAAAUUAUGAGAAUGACACAAAACAAGCAGAAAACUCCGUGGAUUCUGAGCAAGGCAGGGUCACUUGCGGCAUAUUUCAGUGUUCUGCAUGCUCGAAGCGUUUUAAAACUGAAGAGAGGUGGAUGCUGCAUCAGUGUCUGAAGUCAGAUCAUCUCCGUGGUGCCAGAAGGAGAAAGAAAACUCACACUUGUGAAUCGUGUAACAAGACAUUUCCAUCAAGAUCCAAGCUAGAAAGACACUUCCUUAUUCACACUGGACAGAAACCUUUUAAGUGUUCUUCAUGUGGCAAAUCUUUCAGACAGUCAACACACUUGAAAAUUCAUCAGCUCACACACACAGAAGAAAGGCCUUUUCAGUGCUGUUUUUGUCAGAAGGGAUUUAAAAUACAGAGCAAACUUGUGAAGCAUAAACAGCUCCAUGCCCGAAAUAAGACUUUCCCCAGUACUGUAUGCAAAGCAAAGGCUCUUAAAUAUCCCAGACCACACAACCUAUUGGAAGAAAAGAGGGAUAGUUUUGACAGUGCUGACACACAUGAGUCACAGGAGAAUGACCCACAUGAUGUUCACUCGAUUUAUAUUGUACCCUUUGAAUGCCCAGCAUGUGAGCAGUGUUUUGAAACAGAGCAUGUUCUAAAUUUGCACAAAUGUUGUUAUCCAAGAGACAGCAGAAGUUCAAAUAAUGGUACAACAGCUUGCAGACACAGAGUCAACAUGAAAAAUAAGAUCCUGAUGAAACUGAAGCGUACUGGAGCGAAGGCAACAGAUUUUUCUCUGACUGACAGAAAAAAACCAAAAUCAGGUCAUGUUAGAAAUCCUGACCUGGUUGCAUCUAGAGAUCAGCGUUCUGAUCAGCAUGCCUCCACUAAACCUUCCAAGGAUUGCCACAGCAAGCUUGACGUGCACAAGGCACUUAGUAAUCAGAUGAAAAGAACGUUGACUGUGCCACUACCUUGGCAAGAGCACCUGCAACCUCACAACUUGGGCGUUAAUUUAAAAGGUGUGCUUACUGGUGAAAGCAUGUUAAACGUUGAUGAUUCACUGGAUAAUAAAAGUGAUGCUUUUUAUGGUUCAUCAAGUGAUAACUUCUUCGAUAAUCCAGAAGUACGUCACUGUGCUUUUUCAGCUUCUGCUAAAAAUAUACAUAACAGACACAAAGUGUGUAAAUGUGACAGAUGUGAAAAAAUUUUUCCAUCCUUAUCUAAACUUCAAAGACAUUAUCUUAUACACACAGGACAGAAGCCCUUUGGCUGUAAUGUUUGUGGGAAGACAUUUAGACAAUCAGCUCAUUUAAAAAGACAUCAGCUCACCCAUACUGAAAAGAGACCCUGUAAAAGCCCCAUUUGCCAGGUAGAAUUUGAAAACCUGAAUAAACUUUUCAAUCACCAGGGAGAUCACAAUGAAUUUAAGACUUCUCAGCCUGUGGGUUAUUCUCAAACACCUUCACAGCCAUCUGGCUUUCAAGAAUUUGAGCUGAUUCAGUCAAACCAAGCAGCUGAAAUCAAAGUUGAAAUCGAGUCAGGGGAUUUUGUGCUUGACACCAGCAGUAGAAACCCACAGCUGUAUUUGUGUAGUAAAUUGUUGAAAACAGAGCAAAGCUGUUACAGUUAUUGGCAUGAUUUUUCUGAAGAUACUGAAAAAAGUGAAGUUGCUAACAAAUUAUAUCAGUGCAGUAUCUGCUUUAAAACUUUUAAAUCUCAUUCUAAGCUUGAAAGACAUCACCUAAUGCAUGCUGGACAGAAACCUUUUGAAUGUUUAGUUUGUGGAAAAAAAUUCAGACAGACCCCACAUUUGAAAAGACACCACCUUACUCAUUUUAAAGAGCUUAAAGCUUAGCUCCACUGAGCAACAGGUGGUGUGGUUUUUUAUCAAAAACUGGAUAAUGUCCUAUGAAAUCAUAGAUUUAAACUUUUAGCUGCACAAUUAUUAAAAAAAUUACAUUAGACCAAACAACUGAAGGGGAUUAUAUUUUUCUGUUACAGAGAUGAGAUGGUGAAGAUGAUACUGUCUUCAGAACUGUCUACUUGUUAUAAUUUGUGAGAUAUGAAUGUUGAGAUGUUUUAAAAAAUGCAACAAAAAAGCCACUUUGCAUUCCUUUGGCUAAAUUAAUUUAUAAAUACACGUUCUCACUGUAUUAAUAGUGUUGCAGCAGUCUGCAGUGCUCCAUGAAUCAGAUAUUUUAAAAGUUUUACCUUUUUCUGUGUAGCAUUUUAUGUUCAAUGACAACUAUCAGAAAAGUAAAAACAUAAAGUAAUUGCCAGAAUAUUGAAAAAAUGGUCCUUUCACUUUCUUCUGUCUCCCUAUAUGUUGCAAGCAAAGGGCACUUGCUGUAUUUAUUUAAUAUUUUUAAAAUGGUUAUUUUUAGAAAAAAGAUACAAAAAAAGGAAGAAAGUAGAAAAAGGGGAGAAAUGAGAAAAUGAGAUAAACACGAGGCUUAAUGAGAAAAAUGUUGAUGUGGCAUUAUAGAACAUUCUCUUUUCUAUAGAAUAGAAAAAAAAUGCUUUUUAAUGUGCUUGGAGAUCUAUUCCUCAUCUUGGAGAUGAGGAAUUUGAUUAUUUCCCUUUUUAUAUAGAAUAUAAGGAGACAAUGCUAUAAUGUUAGGAUUUAUAAUCAGUUGAUCUAUUUCACCACUUGAUUAACUCCACUCCCUUGUAUAUCCCUUGCCUUCUCUAGCUCUUUUGGCCUAAUCAUAUAUUACUGAACUAUUGCUGAAGUGGACAAGAAAUCAUCAUUAACUUUACCAAUGUGCUUACUAUCUGUUCUGGUCUCCUUUCCUUCUAGCAUACAUAUUGAACCAGUAAAAGAAAUGUUCUCUAAGAUGUGAUAAUAACUCAGACAAGCAGUUUUGCCAGGAAGUCAUGUUCUCAUUAUAUGAAAUAUAAGAGACUGAAAAUUACUUUUAGCUGAAUUUAAGUAAUUCUGAUUUUGUAUUAAUAGAAUCUGUAGCUAUACUUUCUGGUAAGUAGAUGGCUUUGUCCGUUGUGUCGAAGAGGCUGGCAAGAAGUGUAAGUGCAGUGGAGCUUUAUACAUUACGAACAAGAAUGAAGUUUGUUUCUUUUUUAUUUUCCUCUGAAAAAACUACCUUUUAGGAUACCUUCUUUGUUAUGCAACUUUUCAGUAGUUGAAACCUGAAGUUUUUUAUCCUACUUCUAAAUUAAUAUCUGUAAGAUAUGUGAAAUUCUCUAUUUAAAUAGAUCCAUAUUUAUUUAAGUAAAAUGGGUUUGAUUUUUUAUUAUUUUUGAAGUGGCAUGAGCUUUGUAGUAUUUGGUGAAUGUGAAGUGAAGGAUAAAGGGCAUUUUUAUUUUCAUAGAUGUUAUUCUUUUCUAUUUUCAGAGAGCAUAAAACCAGGAAAAAUACUCAGAAACUGUCUGUAGUUACUAUGAUUUUUGUAUGACAGACAAAUCCAGUACAUUAAUAAUGACUCUAGUUAUAUAUUGAGAUUUUUCUCUCCCUGUGUGAAUUGUUUCAUAUUGAAAGAACACUGUAUAAAAUGUUUUGAAAGCAUAUUGUAGAGCUCUUUUAAAAUACUUGUAAUAAACUAUUUUAUUUAUAUUGUA